CUAAUAAACUAACUCAUCAAUUACUUCCUCAAGAAAAAACAUGUAUGCUUCUAUUUCCUUUACUACACAAAUAUUCAAUGAGCUUCUUGUGGAAUCUCACAUAAGAAGGUUACUCAUUCAAAACCCAGUUGAUCAUCAAUCACUAACCAACUCCCCUACUUUAACAAACAACCAUAAUUCAACAGACUCAAAUUUUGGAGAUCGUGAAUUUGAUUCAAAAGUUGUGAUGAUACUUGCAGUCAUAUUAUGUGUUUUUAUUUGCUCACUUGCAUUAAACUCCAUUAUCAGGUGUGCCUUAAGGUUUUCAAACGUAGCCAUCAACAACGACUCUUCUAGUUCGAACAGCAAUUCUUCGCUUCAAUCGGUCAAUAAAGGAAUCAAGAAGAAAGCUCUUAAGGCAUUUCCCACAGUGAGCUACUCAACUGACUUGAAACUACCAAGUUUGGACGCAGAAUGUAUGAUAUGUCUCUCAGAGUUCACAAAGGGUGAAAAGGUGCGCAUUUUGCCUAAAUGCAACCAUGGAUUUCAUGUUCGUUGCAUUGACAAAUGGCUAAAAGAACAUUCAUCAUGUCCAAAGUGCAGACAAUGUCUUCUUGAAACUUGUCGAAAGAUUGGUGGGUCGCAGGUGCAACCAAUUGUGUUGCCAGUGCCAGAAAUUAUUAUAAGGAUCGAACCACUAGAGCACGAAGCUUUGGAACGUAACUAUAGGGAAAUAUAAGAUAAUUAUGGUUGAGCAAGAAACUUUCUUUGCUUUACUUUGAUCUCAAAUGUAGAAAUAUACUUUAUUUAAAGUUUUGAAUUCAUUUAUUUUCCAACAAGCUUAUUGUGUAAUUAUUUGAUGUUUUGAACCGAGAAUACGUAUCUUGUGCU